UACCAAUUUUAGACUAAGCAUAAAUUCAUUUUGAAAGAAAAGGCAAAUCCCCAGAAAUAAAGGAUUUUUACUACGUUACCCUCAACUCAAAAAGUACUCCGGCAGCGUGAGUGAGUACAGGCUCAUAUUCCUAUUUAUUUUCUGACAAGGGAGGGAUGCGUAGGAUUUCUUACAAGAGAGAUCGAAGAUAGGGAGGUACUCAAUAUAAUGUGUACUCUUUCAACUGAAGAUGACGAUUGAACUUUGGUACCGCAGCAAAUGAUCAAAUGGACCGUGGGUACUAAACUAAACUAAGAGUAGUAACAACUAUUCCUUCGCAACUUCGCCCUUCGCACUUACCUUUCGUCCGGUACGUUGUUCAAAUGUUUUUCUGGGAUUAUGUUGGUGAUCUUGAAGGGUUGUGGGAGUAUGCAUGGGGGCAGUCUGUUGGUGACAACCUGUUGAACUCAGUUUAUGCUAUGGGUAAGUGUGUGCAAGACUUUAUGGCGGAUGAGAAGAUUCACAAGCCUACGCUGCUUGGGCCGCAUUUUGCUUUGCUGGUAAGAAAAUGCAGUAAGUUUGUUUUUUUCCGUCCUGUAUUGUUGGUGGGUGAUUACAGUAUGGCUUUAACUACUAAUGUUUGCAAUCAAAAGGUUUGGCUGUAUGAGCAUACUCAAGUGGUAAGUCUACGACUUGGUUGGUAUCUGUUUCCUCGAUUUAGAAACAGGAAGCUUGAGAACCAGGAGUGAGUUCGUCCCAAGGGUGGGUUCGUGAGAUGGAUAAUGAUAGGUUUAUCAUGCAGCCUUUGUAUACGCUGCUGACAGACAGACGAAGAAGCUUUUUUGAUGUAUAGCAACGUGCGUGAGCCGUGCUAAGCAAUCAUAUUAAUAUCCUUCGCUACUUAUUUUGGAUGCUGGUGGCUUGGCUUAUUAACUGCUCUAAACCUUGCAAUGAUCAUGGAGGGCGCGUUUGCACUCGUAUAUUUUAUCGGGUCUGGCACUCGUAUAUUUGCAUAUUCCCGUUCUCGUCCUAUAGCCUAUAGCGGAUCACCUUACCUCAAAUAAGAAAGAACUAACUGGCUAACCCUCGCACUCCAAUAGCCUGCCUCCAAAGCAAGAAACCCAUCUAUAAGUCUAUAAGAGAGCCCUGGCACUAUAGACCCGCAAAAGGGUUGAUCGAUCAACAUGCCAAGAAACUAGAUCUGCUGUUCCACACUUUGUCUUUUAUUUGACGUAUUCGACCUGGCGCCCCAAACAGAAGGCAGAUACUGGCAGAUCUACUCCUUUCCUAUACUAUACUAUACCGCCCCGAUACCCAGUUUCCUUGGGUAAGAACAGAGAUGAAGUCCGUCCCUUAGCCUAGUCUAUAUCCACUAAUGUUGUUGUUUUAUAGAGGAAGACUGUCUUCUCGGGGAAGACAGGCUUUCGAGGACAAAAGGAAAGAUACAUGAAAAAAUCCCAACUUAAAGUAGUGGAAUUGCCAAGCCUAUCGGGUAAGCGAACUGUCUAAGACUGGCGAAGGGAAAGGACUGGUAGGAAACCCAAACUCGGAUAGUUGGGGAAAGGAAUGCAAGUAUGCCAAUGAUAAAGAGUAACCAUCACGCACUUUUCCAGUAGGAAUACAGGCAUUUCGACCUAUCUUUUUUUACUUUGUUAGGGACUCAUUCUUUCUAGCGUACAGUGGCACUUGUCACCAGCUCUGCAACUCGUACAGCUAUUUCUUCCUCCUUUUAACCUACAACAGCGCUAUACCUACUAUUCUCUGGCCUUAUCUUUCAAGAAUGUGCUUGCGCCAGUUGAUCUUUCGGGUAUGAAGCCUAGACAAGUAGAAGGGGAGAGAGUAGCGAGUUGACGAGCGAGUGCUCUGCUCUAUCAUUUAUUACAAGAAAAGUCAAGCUUGAAAACUGCUUCUUCUCAACCAGGAUACGAGCCAAUCCCUAGCCUAGAAGCGAGGAGAGAGGGUAUUUCAAAUUCACAAAGCCAAACUGACAAGCGAGAGCCGGUGAGUAAGGUGGAGGCAGAAAGGAAGUUGUAUGAAUCUCUUUUUCCCGGAAAAGUAUACUUGUGAGGAAAUCAAAACCAAGAGGGCGGCAUCGCUUCGCGCCUUGUUUUUCUGGUAAGGAAAGUCCUAUCCUAGCAAUAAGUGAUGAAAGUAGUACCCAAGCCAUUCGUUGGUCUUUGACCCCUGUAAUAAUGGUUGUCCCGAGCUGUAUGAAAAAAAUCGCUAUCCUUCCGCCAACCUAAAUGAAUGGAAAACUUACUAUCUCUAUCUAUAUCUCUUUAUUCAAGUACCGAUCUUAUUUCCCGGCUCCAAAGAGCAUAUUUUAAUAUUCAAAAUAGAAGAGAGAGAAAACAAAAAAAAACAGGAAUUGCGCUAUCGAGUUCACUGCUUUAGAGAGGGUGCGCAGGGUAUCGUCCCUAUCUCCUCGUGCCCUAGGCUUAUGUAUGUGAAAAAGCAAACAAUGCAAUUUUGUGGAAAUUGGAUUCUCAUCCGUGAGGCCCCAAGUGCUACUUCUCAGGGUAAAGGCAAGACAGCUUGAAAGGUGGAAGCUCUCUAUAGUGUCAGUGCGAGUGGAAUAGGUUCGAUCGAUAUUACUUCGGCGUCGGCGGGUACGGUAGUAUUGUUUGAUCCGUUGAGGAGGAUUUUCUUUUCGCUAACUCAAAAGUCUUUUUCUUCUAUCAAGCAAUGUCUCAGUUCCUUUGAUUGAACACGUGGAUGGAGUAGUUCACUCUGGUUUGAGAAAUAGUGUUAGGGCAUUUAAUUUAGUACCAGAACUUCAGAACUGGGGGAAGACCUUAUAUUAAUAUUAGUAGUAAGGACUAUCAACGCGAGUACAUGCACAUUAAUAACAUAGGUUAACAUUCAAUUCAAGAAAGUGAGAUGAGUUACUUUAUGUUGGAAAGGAGUAAAAGUAAGAGAAACAUGCAUACAUUAGUAAGAAAAAAAGGACAUCGAUAUAUGGGUAACAUAGGCCUCCUCCCGUUCAUUAGUCUUGGGUGGGAUGCUAGUGGGGGCUGAGCAUAAAGCCAGGCUCUUUGUCUUCACUUCCUAUCCGUUUUAUACUGUACGAGCCGAGCUUUACGUCCUACUAAUUUAGUCUUUUCCGAUCAGAUGCUAUUCCGACUUCCCAUUUUUCUACUUUUCUGUUGCUAUAUGCGUAAUUCAGGCUCUCUUUAUGCCCAUGCAUGCAUACACAAAGCAAAGAUGACUUGAAGAUGCCUUACCAAGAAACUGGAAUCUCUAAUCCCUCUUUGGAAUACUCAUACUUCCUUCUACAAGGAAGAAACUGAGCAGCAGAGAUUUUGGCAAUAGCAAAUCAAAUGUCAUUUAUCCUGCUAAGGUACUUUACUUUCCCUUGACUUUGAUUGACUUUCCUUUCCAAAGCUAUGAUCAAGGAAGCAGGCCAGGAAUGCUCUUAUGAGAAAUGGAGAAGCAGGAAUGGUAUUCCCAAGCAAAGAUAGAAAGAAGCCUUGCCUUCCCUUAGACCUGGAGACAUAUCCACCAAGAAACCAGAGAAAGCUAUGAAUGAAACUUCACUUAACUUAUAGUGCUUCGUACGCGUUCAUUACAUGAGAUCUGUUUGCCUGUAGUGUAGUACAUCCCUCCAGUAUUCGAAUGAGCUUGAUUUCUCGAAUUGGUACAAUGCUCUUCUUGUCUCUUCUUCUAAAGAGUGAGAGUGCUGGAGUGGCGUGUCUCUCUAGUAAGGUACAACUAUACCGGAGCUGAUAUCUCUUCCGCGGGUGAUUCUCCGGUAGAGAAGGCAGUGCUUAAUACCGGUAGUUCGACCUUUCCCAACGGAUGCGAUCCAGACCCUUUCUUGGAAAACCACGGCCUGUUGCUAAGAAGGAAAACGAGUCCUCUCCUGUUGCUCAAGCCCAAGAAGUAUCUGACCCUUGGGAGGCAAAGCACUAGAGAACAGAGAUCAUAGGGGAGGAGCUAUCCCCGAGCUCCGGACCAGAACCAGUUUCUCCAACCUGGCCUGCUUCCUUUCCUUUAGCCUUGCUUUUCUUCUGAUUCAGUCCAAAGAUAGAGACAAAAGAAAGGUAAUUAUUGAAUCGGACUUGGCUUCUUUUUCGGCAUGGGCAAAGGUUUGGCAAUUCCACCAUUAGCAAAGGUUUAAUCGGUUGACGGUAUCCUUGGGGAAAGGCACCUGCUUUUAGCAAUGGUUGUUAUUGGCAAAAGGAACACUUUACUCGGCUUGUAGAAAACUCUGGACUAGGCUGAAGCAAUUAGUCUCCCGUGUCAACUACUCAUUUCUGUUUAUCGAUUUUCUAUGCUUUCGUUCCUCUCUUCCCCGAAGAAAGUAUUCCUCGCCUCGCAUAGAAGUCAGUGAAUUGAUGCUCCAAUACGGAUAGAAGUUAGUUCUUCCUCAGGUAAGAGAUCUGAAUCAUGCCAAAAUGAUGGUGCAGUUCAUUCCAAUCCCAAUGCGUCUGUUCGCCUAGCCUACUACCCCUAGCCUUUAUCCUACUAUCCUCGUAACUAACUGUAGUUCAUCCAUCGAUAUCCAUUCCUCGGCAUCCGUUAAAGGGUACCUUUAUCCCGUUAAAAGGUUUCGGCUCGGCUUUAGGGUGGGUUUCUCUUUUAAACCAGCCUAAUCGAAUCCAGGAGUAAGGAAUAUACAAUUGGAUGCUUUCCCCCUCCAUACCGGGUAAUGAUUGGUAUGGCAAGGCUAUCCCCAUGAUCAGUUAUCCCAACCGAAUCAUCCCCUAGCGCGAUUCCUAUCCUAAGCAUUCGUUCCUACGAGCCAGAGCAGCAUCCUUUCCUUGAAUUGACGUAUAUGAGCGUUGUUAUCAGGUACGCCAAUAUGAGAUUUUCCGGACUGACUCUUUCCUUUGUUCAUAGAUCGAUCUAAUUACGUAUAUACAGGCUCCGCACCUAGAGGCUCACCUUCUUUCGCCAAUAAUAACGCUAGAGAACGUAGUGAGCGCUAGAGUAGAGAUAUUCCUUUUCAUCUGAGGUUUAUUCCUUCCUAUUCCUUUUACGAGCGCAAUACUAAUCGAAUCCAGUCCCAUGUCUCCGGUUCUGCUCCUAUCCCUCUAACAAAGGCAAAGGGGCACGGUACCAAUGCUAGGCUCUCCUUUUAACAAAGUUAGGAUCAUUCUCAUAUAUGGGCAAAAGUAGUAAACCCGAUUUCCCUUCGGAAAGUAGAUGAUGGAUUUUAAAAAGUUGAUCUCAUAUAGCGGGGAAAUCAAUGAAUAGCAUUUUCACUAAGCUUUGGAAAAGGAAGUGGGUCACCCAUUGCAAAAAAGUUAGGAACACAUAUAGGCGAAAGUACUACUUUUUAAUUCAACUAUAACUGAGCGGAACCUUCCUUUUGGGGCAAGGCACGGCAACAACGGAAAGGUUAACCAGGAUAAAACAAACCUAGUACUACGCCCUCCAAACAGAUCGUAUCCUCGGCUAUUUCAUUAGAAAUAUAAAAAGCAUAUUUCCCUGGCGUCAACCCCGGAGGGUGUAGAAACCAUUUCUUUUCCUUUGCUACUAGAUACGAUGCUUUUCGUGUAGGCUACGCUUUUCGCAAGUAUUGUUUAUUUGUUCCGAAUAGAGUAUGCCUUGGUUUAAGAGAGGAGGCAUCUGGAUAGCUAGGGAUAUUGACACGGAUAAGCUCUUAGGCAAAGCAAGGCAUCUGCCAACUUGUAUGCAUCACCCUGUGCUUUUGCACAUCAAUGGAAAAGAUAGGAACAGCGAAUCCUUGUAGGAGACGGGUUGGUUUACCGGUGCAGUUCAUAUGCUUCCUUGCGCUAGAAACCAAUACGCACGUACGAGGCCUACGAUUCUCUAGUUGUAUUGGCAAGGGAAAGAAGAUGCUAUGGGAAUGUUUGGAAUGAAAUAGCUUAGGAAAGGCAGGAUCUGCUGAUGAAAGUGGGCCGGAGCCAGAACUAGGAUAGGGAUCAGAUUGGGAGCAGGUUAGAUGCAACCGCCGGGAGGACAAUCCGACUUCGAAGUACGAGCAGGGAUAUUCGAUAAAAGGAAUUCCAAUCGGAAUAAAGGGUGAAUUCGAUUAGUUGAACAGGCAGCAGAUGAAGUGAUGGGAGCUAGCUCACUUCCUUCAAUGAACGGAUUUGCCUUGAUUUGAGAUUUCUAAUUGAAUCAAACUCUCGCCCUUUUGAGAUUGAGUUACUUCCUUGCCUGGGCUAGUCGUAAUCCCUUCUUCUGUACAAGAUGGUUAGAGCUAACCCCAGUACUACUCCUUUGGCUGCAGAGUACCACCUCUUCCUCAACUGGAUCUGGUAUUCUUCCUCGAACCAGUGCUUCCUCGGAGGAUGGUUCUACUUACUGUCCCCUCUACUUUAGGUUUGGAGUUCAGCUACACCUUUUGGCUUUGCAUGAAUGCCAUUUUCCUCUGUGUCUCUUUCCUGCGGGUGCUUGGUCUUUUGCUAAACUUGUUAUUUGGCUCUCUUCUUUGUCCCUAGUUCCUGUUUCAUGCCGAGUUUCUAUAACAGUACCUGCAUCCUGCCUUUUAGCUUAUCCGUGGACCAGUGCUCUUUCUUUCCGCUUUGAACGGACGCCUACAACUAGAUAAUUUGUCGGAUGACAAUACAAUACUACAAGCAGGAGGGGACACAAAUCCUUUAGAUUUCGCUAGUGCAACGCUCGUAUUGACCUUUAGCUCGUGGGAAUCAAUCGUAGUUUUGAUUUCAUAUCCUACGUAGUAUUUGCGUGGGCCUCGCUCGUAUGCAAGGAAUAGGUUUAGGAACAGGGCUAGCGAAGGAAGGGACCAAGGAAGGAAUUCGUAGCCCAGAACCUUAAGCAGGAGCUCAUAACUACUACGAAUGGAAAGAUUCCAGCUAUUGAAGCUUAAAAUAAAAGAACAGAAGAAAAAGAUAGAGAGGUUCAAGUUGAUGGAAUCCAAAUCUUAUGCUGAUUCCAGUGAUGAUGACAUAUUUGCACAUAUAUCAUAUUCCACUUGAUCGAUAUACCAAUUCCUGAAAAAAGAAGAAGAUAGUGUUGUGUUAACCAGUUGGAAUGUCAUGAAAGCACUUACUUCCGAGACAGCCUGUCCUCGGCUAUUUCAUUAUCAAAAGGAAGUAUUGGCAAGGCUGUAACAUUACAUGCAGGUCCUAGCCUACGUUCGUUGGUUCAGAUCUACUCCUAGCAGUGAGAGCCGGAUAUGAAUACUAAUUUGUAGGCUACUUCGCAAUGAACACCAGAGCUAUAUGUUUGUUUAUUCACCUAGUUCCUAUGUCCGCCUUUUCCGCGCCCGCUCUAUCUCUAGAUAUAUCUCUUUAUAAUCCAUCUCAGAUAAGUAAUGGUAGUCUUGAUCAUCCCUAUCAUCUUCCUCUUCCCAGCCGUCUACGCGAAAACCAAAGAGAAUCAGAGAGCCGAAGGACCUCAAACAAAUAGCUGGUUGCGUUAAAGAGGCGUGGAUACUUGCAGGAGAUUGGAACACGUAUGCCGAUCCGACCGAGGCAGUCCAGGCAAAUGCAUGAAGUUGAAAAACAGGAUCGACGAAUGUAAGCUUCUCGACACACCACCCAGCCUAUGAAAUCCCUACCUACCAUUCCAAGACCCAAGUCUGUAAUUCCUACUGCCGUGCUCCAUUCGGAAAACAGGCCUUAGAACGCUAGUUACUCGACUGUGCCUUCAAGGAAGGUCUGGAACCUGAGAGGUGAGUUCUGAGAAGCCAACCGCAUUCAUUGGUUUUGAAAAAGAAGAAAGAAAGUAAAAAAGGCUUAAUUACUAAAUAUGGCUAUCUUUAACUACACCACUUUUUCCAACGUUGCUUUCCCUAGGACUUCGUUAUUCGCAAUUAGGAAGGGUGUAGAUGUACGCAGCUUCUCCUCAUGUUGUUGGCCGGAGUAAGGAAGAAAGCGUAGUAGUACAAUGCUGAACAUUCCGGAGCAAUGGAAGUUUAUCUUGCCGCUGUGUAAAGUGUCGCAUUCCCCUAUUCUUCGUCCGAUGCCGAAGCAUCUCCCUCUUAUUAGGGUAGGACCCCUGAAGAAAUUUCCAGAGAUAUACGAGAAGGCGCGAAGCGUGGAUGGAGUUUGCUUAGGGGAAAAGCAGUCCAACUAUGGGCUCAUACUAGUUUGGCAUUAACAUGCUUGGUAUUGGCAUCCCCCUGAAAGAAGGCUAGGCUUAUUCACCUACCUCUUCUUGCUGGAACGUGAGCUAUUGCUUUGGUCAACAACCAACGCUUGGAAAGUAAUAGUUCUAAGAAAGAGCAAACUGCUAAGCCUGAGAAGAAGAAUCAUAAAAAAUCAUAGAAUGCUAACAACCAGCUUCUUCCAGCUUUGUACAUCAUUUAUUGUAUCGUUUAUGGGUGCUUGUACAUCAUAAUAUCCUCUUCAUAUCUUUCCUUUCUCGAGUGAGUGGUGGGAUGGAUGUCCUACCACGAACGGAAGCUGACAGAGCAAUAUCUAUUCAUAUGCUUCGUAAUCCUUGAUUUCCCAAAGAUAAGAUUCCUUGCCAAGCCAAGACUCUUGAGUGGGAUAUUUCAACUACUUUAAAGCGAGGAGGUGAAUGAGCAAGCAAAAGGUAGGCUAGGCGGUCUCGCCCAUCCCAUGAUUGGUGGACUUCCUGCUAUUUCAGAGUAAGCAUCAGCAUCUCUUCCAUCUUGUUCUGGGCCAAGCAAACCAACUAUUUAGUCCAGGCACUCGUAUUGAAAUGGAAAACAUGCUUCUUUCUGCUAUCGACCAAUCCGGAUCCGAGAAUGAUCUGCCCCAUCGUUAUUAGUAAAUGUGGGGUGUAGUGCUGGAACCUUUAGUUCUGUGGGCGUACAAAGCAUGUGGCUUGUUUGACUUGACCUAUGGGAUGGGGGUACCAAUCUUCGUUGCAUUCAGGAUUGACCUGAGGAAUGGGCCGGAGUAUCAGAAUAGAUGUGCUUCGUGCGACUCGUUUCGACUAGCAUGAAAUCCGGAAUAACAAGAAACCCUUGUGCAAGUCGAUGAUUGAUUGCUUGAGAAACAGAAGUAUGACAUCUCUUUUUUCUCGUAUUACAACAACUAGGCUAUUCGGAUUGCUUUGCAUGCUAUUCUUCGAGUCGAAGCUUGUCCCACCUAAGUGCCGUGCUUCAUUCUCUGCGGCAAACCUCAAAUCACUCAAAUAAAAAUCAUAAUAACCGAGGCCCGAGGCUAGUCUUCAUUCUCGUAUCCCGAGGCGGCUUUCUCUAUCUUUAACCCGAGGCUAGUCUUCCUGGGGAGGAGUUUCUUGCCCGGUUCCUAGCUUUGGCUGGCAGGUUGAAAGUUGCGUAUUCAUUCAAUAGAAGCAGAUCCCUAAUCUCGAUUAGUAACCUUUGUAGGUCAUUGUUCUGUCAGGGUUUCGAGGGAUAGGGGCUGGCCGACCACCGGAUCAAGAGAAGCAUUAAGGAGAAGCAACUUAGAUUGAAGCUUUUCAGGUCGAUGACUUUAUAUCAAAAUUUAAUAUAACUUUUUAUGUUCGUCACAUUAGUAGUGACUCACUCCCUUACCCAAGUAAAGUCAUGAAAUACUUCUCUUUACUAGAUCCUGGAUCCUGGCUACUCUACUUACUAGAGCUAGAGCUCUACUCACUUCAGUAAGAACCUUCCUUCCGGUUGUCACAUUUCUAGCUAGUGAUAAAGAUCUCUUUCGAGUUCGGAGCAGGGAGGAUAGCGAAGCGAUUCAUACAUAGCCUUUCAAGGUAGUGGAACUGGCAAGUGUCUGGAUUGGAUGGACUUCCAUGCUUUGGCGGAACACUUCACUUAAUGAGUGAUGCCCAUUAUACUACAAACCUUUUUGAGAGAGGACUUUGCCAACUAGGAAGUCUGCUAUCCCAACCAAUCGACCAGGAUCGAGUGCACGAAUCGCUUGACCUAGUAUGAUAUAAAGUGCCUCCUUCGAGUGCAUCUAUAGAGCAUCCUUUCUGCAUCCUGCAUCUGCUUCAGGAAUGGAUCAAACUAGGUUGUCGGCGGAAGUAGUGGUAGUGGCAAGGUAUCCAUGGUUUUCGGUGGAAGUAGAGUAUCCACUUAAUCGUCUCCUGUAUCAUUCCUUUAGCUUGCGGAGGCCAGGUUGUAAAAACCAAUUAAUUGCUUUAGCAAAGAGUCUGGCUCGACUUCUUACCUUGAAAUCUGGAAACUUCCAUCUAGAUCGUCGUGGCAACUCCACUUCCCCACUCUUUCCGCUUUGAAGCGUUUCUCUUAAAGACAAAUGGGUUCUCUUUCUGUCUUCGUAUCCAGAAGCUAGAGAUAGGUUCGGUAGUAGGGCAUGGUUAAGUCCGUGUCAGAAUGAAGUCAGGGUUUCCGGGUGCCUUGUUGGAAUCUUACUCGUAAAAACGAGUGCCUUGUUGGAAUCUUGCUCGUCAAACUAGUAAUAUAUCGUAUUUAAACGUAUGCGAGGAUUGCUUUCUUCUUUCGUUCUCAAACUGAUCGAAUCAAUGGCCAGGAUAGGAAUGUUCCCUGAGAAGAGGGCAGGGCAGAGAAGAAGGCCGAGUAGAAAUACCUCCGAUCUCGAUUCCUUUCAUGUUUUGGUGCCGCUAGCCAUCAUUCCUCGUUUCUCGAGAAUCUCCGUUGAUGUCGUUUCCAGAGAAUGGCUUAAGUGUUGAACUUCUAAAAACCAUGGCCUUAUCCAAAUAAACUGGUGAAAGCACCAUCCUUAUCUAGAGAAAAUAAGUGACUUGAUUGACCCGUUUCCUUUCUGGGUCUGGUGAUGGUUUAGCUUCCGGUGUCCCAGGAUGUGGUAGUAUUUAUUGGUCCCCAACCAACCAUGCCUUGCGCCUAACUUGACUCUGCAGCCCUUGCUUCAAAGUAGCCAGCCGACGAAACCAAUGUUAGAGCCUGUAACUUAGGACAGAACAGCCUUGCCUUUCUUAAACAAAAGAGGGAACUGCCUUUCCUUUCUCAAACAAACCUGUACUGGGUGAAUGAAAAAAAGGAAAUAGCUGGUUACUUUUGAGAGUACAGCUGCCGAAACAGCUUCUUCCUGUAGGCGUUAGCCGAUUUAGUAUCAGAGGAGUACCUGUGAAGUAAAACUUUUGUCUGUAGCUCAACAAGUUCCGUUUUCUUGUAAUAAUAGAAGUUCAGUGCGGAACAAGAUAAGUUUUUCCUUUACAAUGUUUUUUAUUACCAUACUACAGUACAACAGUAAGUUCUUUCUUCUGACCAGAGCCAGCGCUUUAACUAGUUCUACUCUCCCAGCCAGCUAUCCUUCUUCAAACUAGAGAGAGAGCUAUCCAUAUUCCUAUUCCUGUGACCUAUCCUUAUAUCUCGAGCACUACUUCUAUCACCGAUUUCUUACUUCUCUCCCAACUUUGCCUAACAACCCGAAUCUCUUUCCUGUAGCUAGUCGCUGAUAGUCAGUCUAUCUCCUUUCCUUGCAAACUCUCUAAGCUUUAGGUAGUUCGCCGUGCGAUGGGCCUGAGGAUCUAUUCCAAAGGGUGAUGGGUCGUGGGUACGACUCUUCAGAAGGCGCUUUUGCCAACCACCGAGCACCAACAAAUGAAGAGAGUUACCACAAGUAUGAGACCACUGAAACUACUUCGCCUGCUUUGAAUCAGAGCAAACUGCUUUUAAGUAUAAGACCACCAAUCUAGUACGCAACCAUUGCCUAUUAUGCCAUCCAUAUUGUUGACUUUCACAGACCCACUAUGACUGCCUACGCCCAUAUAGAUAGAGAAAAGUUCACCUAAGGAUAAUAAAACGUUUGAGGAAGGUUACCGCUUACGAUAUACCUAUAUAUAGAUAGUGUAGUGUUGUAGUGUGUUAAGUAGAUCGGUCCCAUAUAAAGUUGCAAUGUAUCUGCAAUGAGUUCAUCUACUCCGGGGUGUUCUCCGCACUUCUCAAGAAAGAAAUAGUUGGAAAUUCCCCGGAUCGUCUGCGCUUGGCUUGGUAUUCUUAUACUGAAUCGCUGUUGGAUAAAAGAAAGCAUAAAGUUUUUAAGCCUGCGUUCUCGUUGGCGAAACCACUAGGAGGCAACCAUGAAAGCGGUUUCUAUGUUUCGAUCGAACCAACACAGCUUUACGCUUCUUUCCAACUCUACCCACGCUUCGGGUUCGCACUUACUUUACGCCUUACCGAACUUGGGCUUAGUUCAGCCAGCUUCGUAACAUGCCUGCUCAAAGUGAGUAGUUGGAAGUUCCUGUAAGCAUCUUCCCAUGAAUUGACGUAUAUAAGCGUAGUUAUCAGGUACGCCGUGAGCUGGAUUCUAUCCCCGAGGAUAGAGAUUGAUGGGUAAUAGUUUUGAUAGAAAACUCGUAUGUUAAGUUCUCUAGUUGAUGUGAUGCGGCUCGAUUCAUCAUUGCUCUCACAUCAAUGUUUUCGGUUCCCUUUUUACUCUCCCAUUUUCAUAGAGAAAGAUGUUCUGAUUCAGUUCUCUCUGAAAAGGAGGGGCCCUUAGGGACACAGUAGUACCAUUUCCAUUGUGCGAAAGGUCGUGUCCUGGUAGCCUCUCUGCUGUAGACGGUCUCAUUGGUAAAUUCUUCCAUUUCUGAAAUUGUCAAAUCGAGAUUGUGUGGGUGUUCAGUCUACUCUACCGCUCAUGAAAAGAUUUCGUUGGGUAGAACCAAGUCUCUUUUGGGAGCAGAUUGUAUUUGAUUUUAUAUAGUUACUCCAUGAUGAUGAUGACUAGAUGGAGUUCCACUGAUAUGAAGAGAAGAAAUAGAAUAUUGGCUAAUAUGGUGCCAAUUCGUAAUUUAAGUUUACCUGAUUAUUAUGAAUAUGAAGAAGAAUACCCUCCAGUUUCAAGAGAGGCAACCAGAGGGGUCUGUAUACUCCUACGAAUAGACAGAUAUUUAUCUUCAAUUGGAAGGAGCAUUCAAGACCGUGAGGUUCUACGCGAUUUCCGCCAACGGUUACUCUUUCCCCAACGCGAGGCUGGGCACAGCUUUUCCGAAAUAUAUGAUGAUAUACGAGCGCAUGGGGUAGAAGCAAGUCGAUUGGGUCAGCCUCUAAGAGAUCUGUACGAUGAGAUGGAAAGGAACGGCGAGAUAGUAAAUAACGGCUCAAUCAUUAUCCCUGGAGGCGGCGGACCAGUAACAGAAAGCCCAUUGGAUCAAUUUGGAAUUCACCCAAUUCUGGAUCUGAAUAUUGGCAAGUACUAUGUCUCAUUCACAAAUCUAUCCUUGUCUAUGCUACUCACUCUCGGUUUGGUCCUACUUCUGGUUUUUGUUGUUACGAAAAAAGGAGGGGGAAAGUCAGUGCCAAAUGCAUUUCAAUCCUUGGUGGAGCUUAUUUAUGAUUUCGUGCCGAACCUGGUAAACGAACAAAUAGGUGGUCUUUCCGGAAAUGUGAAACACAAGUUUUUCCCUUGCAUCUCGGUCACUUUUACUUUUUCGUUAUUUCGUAAUCCCCAGGGUAUGAUACCCUUUAGCUUCACAGUGACAAGUCAUUUUCUCAUUACUUUGGCUCUUUCAUUUUCCAUUUUUAUAGGCAUUACGAUCGUUGGAUUUCAAAGACAUGGGCUUCAUUUUUUUAGCUUCUUAUUACCAGCGGGAGUCCCACUGCCAUUAGCACCUUUUUUAGUACUCCUUGAGCUAAUCUCUCAUUGUUUUCGUGCAUUAAGCUCAGGAAUACGUUUAUUUGCUAAUAUGAUGGCCGGUCAUAGUUCAGUAAAGAUUUUAAGUGGGUUUGCUUGGACUAUGCUAUUUCUGAAUAAUAUUUUCUAUUUCUUAGGAGAUCUUGGUCCCUUAUUUAUAGUUCUAGCAUUAACCGGUCUGGAAUUAGGUGUAGCUAUAUCACAAGCUCAUGUUUCUACGAUCUCAAUUUGUAUUUACUUGAAUGAUGCUACAAAUCUCCAUCAAAAUGAGUCAUUUCAUAAUUGCAUAAAAACGAGGAGCCAAUCAUAGAACUACAUAUGGUCUGAUACUACUAACUUCCUUGAAAAGUGGAAGAGUAGUUAUGUAGGCAGUUGCCGUUCCAGAAAUGUAGCGGUUGCUCGACCAAAGCCGGUCAUCAAAGAGUCAGUAAGUAGUAAUUCUAUCAAUUACCAAUUCGUGGAAUUCUCAUGUUCCAAUCAAUAAGUGUGUCUACUUAAAAGUAAGUUCAACUUGCUUGUGUUAAGCUUUGCUCGAACUUGAUUACUUCCUCGCUCUCCUUCACUCGGUCAAGGGAUUCACCUUUACCUCGUUCUGGUCUUCCAGCUUGAAAGACAAGGUCCUUAUUCAAAACUGGCUCCUUCGAGUUAGUCUUUAUUGUUUCAUAGAAAGGCUUCCUUCUACGACUGGAGUGAAAUCCUCUAUGCUGACAUAAGCGGAGAGGCAAGCAACAACCAUUAUAUUGAACCUGCCCUGAAGGCUUUGUUUGCCUAAGUGCAUAAGUCAAAGAAGGGUUUUCUUGCCGAAAGCAGUGUUCAGACCUCAAUCUGUAGCGGCGCACUUCCCUCUUAUGAUUGCUUUUCAAGGACAUCCGGAUAAGGGGACUGAGAGAGUAGAUAUGGGACUUUUCCUCAUAAAAGCCUAUAUAGGUGGGUGGUAUGAUAGUAAGUCUUUUCCUACUGAUGUGUUCAGUCGAUGGCUUGAUUCUCCUCCGGGCGUGAAUUGGAAGGGCCAAGGGUUUACAAUGAAACAAAUUGCGUAUAAUUUGCACGGCGAUACGAACAGUAUAGAAUUUCUGCACUCCUUAUAUGCAGACUUAGUUAGUCAAGGGAAGGGGUGCAUAGCCAAUACUUCCUUCUCAGAAGUGGCUACGAACCACGGUGUCGGGGGUUCGAAUCCACUUCUGAGCGGGCUGGCGGCUCCACCGGGAGCGAGCCUACUGAAGGAAAGUUUUAUUGUUGAACUUCUAUUUUUAUCCAAUAUUUAUCUUUUGUUUGGAAAAACCAAACCCACAUAUUGAUCUUUAAGUCUCCCUUUCUCUUUUGGGAGCAGAUCUUUCAAAGAUGGGAAAUUCCAAUGAUUCUUUCCGUUUUGUCGAGCCCUGCUUUGGUCUCUGGUUUGAUGGUUGUACGUGCUAAAAAUCCGGUACAUUCCGUUUUGUUUCCCAUCCUAGUCUUUUGCGACACUUCUGGUUUACUUAUUUUGUUAGGUCUCGACUUCUCCGCUAUGAUCUUCCCAGUAGUUCAUAUAGGAGCUAUUGCCGUUUCAUUCCUAUUCGUGGUUAUGAUGUUCAAUAUUCAAAUAGCGGAGAUUCACGAAGAAGUAUUGCGCUAUUUACCAGUGAGUGGUAUUAUUGGACUGAUCUUUUGGUGGGAAAUGUUCUUCAUUUUAGAUAAUGAAACCAUUCCAUUACUACCAACCCACAGAAAUACGACCUCUCUGAAAUAUACGGUUUAUGCCGGAAAGGUACGAAGUUGGACUAAUUUGGAAACAUUGGGCAAUUUACUUUAUACCUACUAUUCCGUCUGGUUUUUGGUUUCUAGUCUGAUUUUAUUAGUAGCUAUGAUUGGGGCUAUAGUACUUACUAUGCAUAGGACUACAAAGGUGAAAAGACAGGAUGUAUUCCGACGAAAUGCCUUGGAUUCUAGGAGGACUACUAUUCAUAUUCAGAACAGAAGGUUCUUCUCCCACAAAGGGGAUGACGCACCUGUCCCCCCCGCUGAUCCGGAAUCCAUUUAAUCUGAUUUGGCAGAGAGAAUAGAAAGGAUUUAUAGGCGGGCCGGGGAGGAGCAAUCUUUAGUAGAAGCCGGGACUACGCCAAGGGAACUUGUAGAUAACGUCCUGCCAGAGGGGGCGGAGCUACCGCUUCUACAAGAAACCUGGGUUCAGUUUGUACGGGACGAGUCACACAGCGAGUUUUGGGUAGAGAUCGAUUCGAUAAUCUGCUAAGGAAAUAUGGGCACGCGGCGCGCGGUGAGCCCGACACCCCCGAUCCCGAUGCUCGAGCCUGAUGCCCCUCAAUCAGGAGGAGGCGACUCAGCGGGGAGCACGGGGGAAGAAAAUUGUCCGGGGGCGGGGAAGGAAAGUAGGAACCUCCGAAGGCCCGCCCGAGUCAAGGAAGCGCAAAAGUUAUUCUGAUUCUGAUUCCGGGGGGGAUGAUGGGAGUGACCCUGCUCCGGAUCCUUCUCCUUUCUUUUGAUUUUGACUAAAAUGAGAGGUGGAGAAAUUGAGUUCUUUUGAGCAGCGUUGUCUGUAGUAGAGUAGCUUUUUUUUUUUUCUUUUACAGAAAGAAGGCGAGGCCCACCUGCCUUCUCUAGGUACUUUACUUGGAAAGGUGUCACCGCCUUCCUUCUUCUCUAGGUACUUUACUUGGAAAGGUAGGUGCGGGAAAGAAGAGCGGGUAUGUGGGCUUCUUUCAAUCGAAACUUUUUUGAAGCCGUCAAACUUUAUCGUUUCAUUAUAGAUGGAUCUAAAACAUUGCGUUGCAGAGUGGAGGCGUGAAGAAGGUUAAGAGAAGCAAGCCAAAGGAAAGAAAAAGCAACUUGAUACAAUAUUGAAGAUAAACACUCAGGAAAGCACUGGGUCAACUGACUCCACUAGCCAGCUUCUGCUUCAGAACUUACUUCAAAGAGGCUGACUUAGCACUUAGCAUAAUGCUUUUGUUCCGGUGCAUAAAAGUAAGUGAGCAGGUGGGUGAGUCCAAAGGUUUUUCCGAAGCGCGAAGGACUUGCAGUUCUAAAAUAGGAAGGGCUCUGUACUCAAAUCAAAGCAAAGUAGUAGUUUCAUAGGUCGUUGUGCUAGAGCUAAGAUUUAUAUGAAAGUGUGAGGGGAAGCCAUUUCCAGCUUCUACUUUCUGCGAACCGGGCUCAUUACCGGCCUACAGUAGCAUUCUACUGUGAGCUUUCUCACUGCGGAUCGCCUUGAUUCACUGAUCGUUGACAGCUACUCAGGAGAGGUUAUCCUUUGCCAGACUUUGUGUUGAGAUGAGUUCUCCGCUUCCCGAAAAGAUGAUUUUUGUCAAUCAGCGUAGAGUGGUGGAUUAUAAAGUGGUACAGUCCGAAUGGGUUGGUUCAAGCUAGCUGUUCUUACUGAACAGGUGUUUUAGCAUUCUUUUCGAAUUCGAAGUUGCGGGGUGCUUUGGCUUUUCAAAGUUCUCAAAGAGAAUAAAGUAAAGGCGCUACGCGUGGAUCGAAUUAAAGUAACGUAAGGUUUCGUAAGAAACAAUUGAAUAAGCGUAUCAAAGAGAAUGAGGUCUAGCACUCCGAAAUACCAUUGAGAAAGAGCAAUAGAACAAGGUUAGAAUAAGAUCUCCAAAAUGGUUGAUGACUCCCACAACUUGUCAGGCUGCAUUCCCGUGAAAUUGUUUUGGGACAAUUCCAGUUUUACUAUCUAUGCGGUAGCUCAGCCAAGUAAUCUGGUAUCUCACCAUUAAGACGGUUACCUAGCAAGUUCAGCUCUGUGAGGUUCUUGCAUCCUUUAAAUGAAUGUCUCUAGAAUACUCCCAGUCAGAUUGUUAUUGUGCAAUAUGAGUGACUGCAGAGAGUUGGCUUGACAUAUCUCGGCUGGGAUAGAAUAGAACCUGAGAGCUGGUUGGUUUCUGCAGAGAAACUAACAAGAUGCUGCAAUGGCAGCGCUGGCAGAGGCCCACGGAACAUGUUUUCUGCAAGAGAUAUGGAUCGAACACUCGCCCUGUUCCGUAUCCAAUCUGGAAUAUGACCCGUAAGUUUGUUCCCUUCAACGAAAAUUGUGGCAAUAGCUUCUAAAUCUGCAAGUUCUUCAGGGAUAGAGCCUGUGAAGGCAUUGAAGGGACGGACAGAUUUUUGAGCGUAAGCUUCUUGCAGUUACUAAGCUCUUUUGGUAUGCUCCCACUGAGCCCAGCACCUUUGCAAACAGCCGAGUUAGAUUGCCCAGCUCACCGACAGAUGUUGGCAGUUCAGCAUUGAAGUAGUUCUCUGAUAUAUAAAGUUCCUUCUUUUGAGACCACCAAUUGACCAAGGGAUGGUGCCUGUGAACUUGCAUCCGGGGAGUUGAAGAACUUUUAGCAGCUUCAGGUUACCAAUCUCUUCUGGAAUGCUUCCACUAAGACCAUUCUGUCUCUAAAUUAGCAAUUCCUUAUUUUCCAGUUGACCAAUCUCCCUAGGUAUUGGCCCCACCAAACUGUUUGAUGAGAGAUCAAGUGUCAACUGGUUCACCAACGCAGUUAUUCCCGGGAAUAUUUAUCCCGUGAGGUUAUUCUGGCUUGCAUCAAGGUGCUAGAGCCGAGACUGGUUACCAAAAGCAGCUGGUAUCGACCCGUUGAAUGUGUUCAUGUGAAGGUCCAGGAUAUCCUCGAGGAUGAAGGCCAGAUCACGCCCAAUUCGAUCCUUGAAAGACCCAUUGCACUACAGCGGCAGCUCGGGCUCGAGCAACGGCGGGAGAUAAGUCUUCUCUUCAUUCAGCAUUCAGUCUAUCUUCGGAAAGCAGCAAUAAUUGAUGCACGCAGACGAUGGUUAAAUGCUUUCUUGAUUUACUACUAAUAGGUGGUGUCUAGACGCUAGGAAAAAGUGAGGAUUAUAGCUUCUGCCCCAUAGACCAUUCGGAAAGGAGUCUGUCCCUUCGGUCUUAUAUGUUAGUAUAGGUUGGUUCUUCCGAAUGCACAUAAGACCACUGGUCACCCUCAAUCCUUAGCAUUGAACUUGACUGAUUUGGCUAAGAUCUGGGGAACUAGAGCAGUCCCCAGAGGGCACUACACAAGGCAGGAGAGGCAAUAGCGAAGCGAAGCCCUAGUUCAAUCGAGGAUGGAUUCAUUGAGUGGGCGAGGAAGAUGAUUGGUAUGGGAAGAUCGGUCUUUCACUAAUGGAGCAUCUCCACCCUAGCCUUGAAGUUGAACAUCCGGGGAUAUCUAAAUAUUGAACCAGUGAUUAAAAAGAAUGGCAAGACUGCGGUUGAAGUCCCAGCUGGAAAUCCAAAUUGCUCGAACACAAAAAAUCUAGACAAAGGAAAGAAACCUGGUUUGCAUAUUUUCGUAUAUGCCCAACUAAUCUAUCGCAUAGGAAGAUCGCCCCUGUAAGUUUAUUUCACACAUUAUGUUACUUUGUUUAUGGUGUGGAAAUAAAUAUCAAUAUUCUAACUUGCCGCUUUCUAUGGAUGCAUCCUCUACUCUAGUGCUUACCUGUCCUACUUUCUUUAAUUCAUUCCUAUUUCCUCUCCUGUACUUAUAUUUAUCUUGCCUGCGGCAGUUUUGUAAUCAAUUUCUACUAGGGAUAGGGAGCGUGAACUUUCUCUCAUCCAGUGAAUGAGUUACCUGAAGAUCGAUGGCAUAUAAAACGCCCUAAUUCAAUAUAAAAUCUGUUAUUUCACUUUCAAAAUGCCCCGUUCGCACUUGCUUGAGUGAGGCGCAAGCCGUUUUCUUGCUAGGCAAGAUAGGUCAACGGAUAGCUUGUUGGUUGAUACGGGACCCCUUCUCAACUUCAUGUGUUUUGUAACUGCCAUAAAGCAAGGCCAUAGUCCAACAUUCCAUCCUUUUCCACCGCUGUAUUGGCUUCUGCUUCUCUUCCUUUUGCCGAGGAAGAUCUGCUUCUCUUGCAUCCUCCAGUCUUAAAUUCCUAUCCGUACUAGACUAGACCUUCCCUUAGCCAUCAACCUACCGAACCCAGGAAUGAGAUCCACAAGGAAAGAGAUUGGCAGAAAUCCAGAAAGAAUGAUGCACAAGAAAUGGUUAGAACCUCGAGAAUAGAUGCGAAUAGCAGCUCAGAUCAGAUCCGAGAUGGAGCAGCAAUAAAGCAAAGAGGAGCAGAAAGGUUCGAAUCGAAUCGCAAGCAGCUGACUAGAGAGAGAUGAGUUGAGAAAUAAAGACUAUCCAAAUAUUGGAUAAGUUGUUUCGUAAUUCAUCUUUGUCAUUGACUUCGGCCUCUCAUUUAUCCUUAUUUGGUAGCUGAGAAGUGAAGCACAACAAAGUUUUAAUAGAUCUCUUCCUGUCAUUCAAUAACCAUCCUUUAUUUUUGCAGUAUAGAGAAGUGAUUAGCCGGUGCCCAGGAUAAGGUAGUGGAACUGGUGCGUAUCAGGUUUGGCAUUAGCUCUUUUGAAUAAUAGAGCUGAGCAGCUAAGAACAGAUAGCAAUCUGGAACAGCUCUGAAAUGCAAAUAAAAUGAUGAUUGGUCCUAGCUUAUGGGUUGCGAUAAGACAGUUUCGAAGGUUCUAGCCAUCUCAAGGAAGUAUAUAAGUAGCUAUCGGCACCUUUUGAAGAAGGAGGCUCGGUAGCAGAGAUGUUGAGUAAAGUCUAGAUGACACGAACCCUAGCAGAUCUGCUAUAGCAAAGUGGUAAGUUACCAGCGGUGUCGAUAGAAUAGAAGAGAAGCAUCAGAGCGAGCGUUAUAGAUCAGUCAGCAUUAGCGACAUCAAUUCUGCUACAGUUUUGUUAAAGAAAGGUGAAUACAUUCUAAAAAGUCUAAAACUCAUCUUAUUUCUUAAAGAGCAUAUAACAACAAACGAUUUCACUUACAAGGGGGUGCAGCUGCAGGAACUGGGUGCUGUGCCGCCCGCUGCCUACUUAAUGUUUCGCUUGCCUUCUACACUUCUGCAAUGGGAGUCACCACAUGAGAUGCUAUUUUUCACCUUUCGCUAUUAUUCGCUCUUGCGUGUCUUUGGAGCCCGAUCUUUCCCUUGCUUACGCCCCUAGAAACUCCGUGAAAAAACCACCUCGUUUUUCCAUAAAUAAAGGAUUCCUAAUAAAGUUUUUACAUAUCAUAUCCCAGCGGUAUUUUUUUAAUAAUUUUUGCAUAAAUAAAGUAUAAUUUCCACAAAAUAACACUUUUAGGCGCCCACUUGAAAUUCAACUUAACGUUGGACGUUGACCAGGCCCUCUCUAUUGCCAGAAUUGGGGACUGGCUCUUCUCCACAACUAGAAAACACAGAACUGCCAGAGGUUUGGUCAUAACCAGCACGCACCCUCGCCAAUUUCGUUCUAAGCUCAAUCCAAGAUUGUGAUCGGGUUGCCUUUCGAUAUAACUUGGUUCAAGCUUGGAUCCAGUGGAUAGAUACUUUAAACGAUGGUAGGAACGGGAGCUACCCUGGAUCACUUGAGGAAGUAAGAACGCAAGUCUCUCAGUUGAAAUUAGAUCGUUCCAGGAUAAUAGCUGAAGCGGCUGAGAACUCCCAAAGAGAAGAGAACCAGCUUAAGGAGCAGGUAUCCGGAGUAUCAGCAAGCUAUAAAUAGCUUUAGGAUUGUAUGAAUAGAGUUGAGGAUCAAGUAUCCCUCAUAUUUAGAUCCCCCGUUGGGAAAAGCCCCUUUUUUAAAUCCUUUCACGCUUUCCCUUUGCCGAAGGCCGGCCUCUUUAGUUCCUACGUUUUCGGAAAAGAAGGUGAGACGCUAGCUAGCAACGGGAAAAAACGAGUAGUUAAAGAUGUGAAUGUAAGACUACUCGAAAGUACUUCCAUUUUUAUUAUAUUAUAUAGUUUCUAAUAGAGAGUACAGUUGUAUCUAUGUGCGAAACGACGAAAGAAAGAUGGAAGGCCCAAAGAGCUCUACAGUAGUGCCCCGGAAUGGGGUCGUAGAGCCGGUAACCCACUCUGUUUAGUAUUUUGAUUUCGUUCAAGGUGUUGCUCUGUCAAAUAGAGAUUGUGUGGGUGUUCAGUCUACCACUCAUGUUCACGUUCUACAAAUCUAAGGGAGUGCUCCUAGACUGGACGACUUCCCGUAAAUAACCUAGUUCAUGUUCCUUUGAAAGAAAUAAAAUGAAAGCUUUUGAAGCGAAGAUGUCAACGCGGUGCUAGGUUUGCGCCGGCCACGAUUAUUUAUAAGUAUAUUGGAAAGAAGAGUGACUAGGCUACGGUCUAACUUUUUCUUCCUAGCGGAGUUCAAUACGAAAAUAAAGGCGCUCCGCGUUGGGAAUGGCGUACGUAGUACGGGUGGUAUUUCCGGUAUAACUGAUCAGGGUUGUUCUGAAAGCAAGUCAAUUGGUGCUUUGGAAAGUGAGUGCCAGAGGCUAGUCACUGCUUGGUUUACAGAAGGGAAGGAAGAAAGAGAUACCGAAGCAGAUUCAGUAUAGAAAAGAAGAAAUUGAUACCAUUCAUUCCAGCUUAUUUGAUACCCACUUAAAGUUUCUAUCAAACCAUGUCUUUUUCUUCGAACGUCAAUCUCGUAGGAAUUUAGAUUGGAAGUGUGGUAUUGAAGGGCGAAGCCUUUACUCUUUUACUUGUUUCUUUGAAUAUAAUAUAACAUAGUAUUGACUACGCACUUCGAAAGAUAAUGGUGUAUUCCGAGGAUCAGUCCGUUUUUUAUUGAAUUCGCAAAUUGAUAGAUCUGGAUGAUUAAAAGAAUGAUUCUUCCCUGGGUAUUUCCCCGCUACCAUUAUGGAAAUUGGAGCUUUUCAAUUCCAUUUUGGAGAUGCUCGUAACGAUUUUUUUCUUUUGGGUGGGCAAGAAAAGGAUUUGACUCUUGAAGAUAUCAACUCAUACGCCUGCUCCAUACAUUAAAAAACAUUUUGGGUACUUUCUAUUAGAAUGGAUAAAUAGAAAUGGGUACAUUCCUCUUUCUCUUUCCUGGCCAAACUACCAAAAAAAAAGAAGAGAGAGAGCUGUAAGAGCGGUAAAAGCAAGCUCGGUGGCCCGGUUCACUACAGGUUGAUGUAUCCUUUUGAAAGAAAAGUCAAUCUCUCUAAAAAAUAAGCACUUCAACAAGUCAGGGCCCUUUUUUAUACAACUCCUAUGCGUAAUUGAUAGCUUUUUGGUAUUCUCCAUAUAUACUACUAGGUACGAAAUAACAGGAAAGAUAGAAAUAGUGACUUUGGCUUCAAAUAGAGAGCAGCUUAAAGGGAAGGAGGACAGCUCUGAAAAAAUAACUGAACACUGGCUAGGAACUGGGCUGCACUAAGCCCGGCACUUUUUGGGCUUCUUCAUGAAUCUCGUUUUCAGGUAAGGUCAGACUUAUUGAAUAUAUAUCUGAAAGAAAGCAAAGGAAUGAAUCGUUUUUCCAAUUACCUUCUCUCGAAAACCAUAGAUCUUCUGGUUACCAUUGACUAUCCGGCACUUUCGUCUGUAGAGCGAAGCAAGAAAUUGCAUGGAAGGGCUUGCCCUGCUAAUAUCAGCCUUGUUUGGAACAAUAGAUGCAAUCCAUUUCAGUGUAUGUCACUGAGUUCACCAUUGCAGUUGAGACGUCAGGCAAUUGAGCGUUCCCUAGAGUUUGGUUCAAAGGCUAAGGACUCCCCGCCGCCUUCAUAAGGGCACUAAGGCGGAGCACGGAAAAGAAAAUGGGGCACCCAUGUUUUACCAGUCCCGGAUCUCAGGGCCGUUUUGCACAUGAACGAAAUCGAAUUUCAUUGCGGGAAAUUUGGAUUUCAUGAGGGAGGAAAAGGCAAGGCGGAGGGUGGAGAGUCGUACAAUGCAUUGGUGGGAUGAAGGUGCUAGCUUGGCUGAGAUAGGAAGUUUCGAUGUGUAUGUAGAUUUGGUUCUAGUGCCCCCACCCUUUUCGAGAUCUGUCAGGAUUUAAAAGAUGUUAUAGUGUAAACUAUAGAGAAAUGGAAUGAAUGAAAUGUAUCUAAGAAGAAAGGAAGCCAUGCUCCAUCCUGUUUAUAAAAAGAACAUCACCUCCCUUCCCUUUUUGGUUAGAUACCGCUCCGUUAGGUACUAAUGCUUCUACCUAUCACCCUCCGGGUGAGUUUGAGAGCUGUGUUUUUUCCAACGUUAAUAGCAUUCCGCGAGAAAAGAGAAAAGUCAUCUACUGAUGUUGUCAGCGGAGUCCCUCGUCCAUCCAUGUAUGAAUAGCGGUAUCCCCCAUUUUGGACAGUGAUGAGGUAGUCGACGCAAUUUGCAUGUGUAUUUGCGUUCGGCUUUGCUACUUUCCUUCUAGACUAUAAAAGAAUGUCCGCGGAAGGGAAUAGUCUACGUGGCCCGGGCCCGGGGUAGUCUUUCAAUUCCUUUAUCGGGUGGGAGAGUUUAGAACCUGUUAAGCCAAUAGCUGCAGCUUUAGUCACACUAGCUACAUCAGUGGAUCAUGGAUUUAGCAUACCACCUCAGAAUAGUCUACGUGGCCCCUACUUUUAUUUUACUACUUUUUUUUCCAGUAAUGCAGACAGCCCUUUUUAAAGCGCUAGGCCGGGCAGUUGGUACGAAAACAGAACCAUUAGUGGAGUAAGAUCCCGAUCAAAGCAGAGCGGUCUAAUCGAAAUAAUCAUAUCUAAGAGCAGGCAGGCACACGACUGGAUAUCAAAGGUGGGGCUCCCCUCCUCUACUCUACUCUACUCUACUAAAUGAAAUGAAAUAGUAUUUGUAUUUGGGUCGUCUUUGUGUUCGAUUCGAAUAGAAGCGCCAUUGUCAUCCGCUGCAGUUCUUCAUAGUCCGUCCUAGUAAGCUGGUAGGUUGGUGGAUGUGAACAUAAACUCCUCAUAUUUCCUACUGUUGCUUCCUGUAUAAAGGAAGAGUUGUCAGACAAUGAUACUCUUUCCAAAUCUGCAAUCUUCGUCGUUGUAAUGCCUCAGUCAUCAAUAGUAGAUAGUUGCUCAACUAUGCAAUAAGGAUUUUCCUCUCCUCACAGAUUGGAGGACUUUCACUUGACUCACUAGUGGGUUUUGCCUCGGGAAACAAGAAUAUGGAUUUGAGCAAGUCUGUUUUCCCAUGGGCCUACUACCUGCUAUUUUCAAAGCGUAGAGGACCCGCCUUUCUGAUCAAAGUAUGCUUCCCUUAUGGGCGAAACCACUGAAUCGGACGGAUCCUUUUUUCUUGGAUUGACCAGGCCAGCUUCUCCACCCAAUUCUUUUCUUACGAGACGAGAUAGGCACAGUGUCAGGGUCAUGUGAUGUGAAUGGUUUGUUUGAUCUGUUUCUUGUCCCUAUGGGUUCGAUUGGCAAUCAGGAUAUCGGUCGCUUGGCACUAGUCGAAUAGGCGAUUCAGUCGUGAUAGUGCCAUCCCUUGCCCCUUGGAGUGAGUUGAAAGCACUCUUCCAGCUCUUGAUUCGCGGAAUUCAUUACGAAGCAAGAUUUCAUUUCAUUUCCAUUUACGUCAUUAGCAAAACAAGCAAGAUUCACCUCAGGAUACGACGAAUUCUGGAACACUUCCUUGAUUGAUAUAUGCAUUUUCUAGAGCAGGCACCAUUGACUGCUUCUUCAACGUCUAUACUAUACGAGACGAGACGAGUUAUUGUACGAGUCAAGCUUGCUCCAGACCAAGCUCACUUUACACGGGCUUAGAACUCAACCUGACCCAACAAGAAAACGGAUAGACGCAGCGCAACGGCUUGAUAGCCUGACUCAGCAAGAGGCGAGGAUGCACGUGACUAACUAAAACAGCUUUCGCGCUAUCAACUUCUUUGAUCGAACCUGGCCUGGCGAUUGAAGCAUUCGAGAUAUAGAAGAAACUGCCCAAGUCAACCGGAUAUUCCAAAGCAAGGGUUAUGAAUCAAAAGAGAAGUGCCAGCUGGAUCUCUGGUUCAAAGUUCAGGGCAUGGAAUUGAUUCGUAUGCUCGUUCUCUCGCUGAGCAGAACCAUCUCUGUCUGAGAAGACCCAGUCUCCCAGUGUUUCUAGAAAAGGAAAUCCCAUUCGUCAACCUAAAUGGAAGGGCAGGUAAGGGAAGGCCAGCAGGAAAUUCAGUAAGUAAGGUAUCUCAGUGCCAGUGCUCUCCGGUUUCAAGUUGAUGCGGGCAGUCGUGGGGACAGGCAAAGCUGGGAUGCCUUACUAGCAGGAAUGAAAAGGUAUGUAUGAACCAACAAAGGUCAAGUAGACGAACACAUAUCCACUCCACUAGAGAAAGCGUCGAACCAGGGAAGAAUGAAUGGUUAGAACCAGUCAAGGGUGCCGUACUCAUGCCUACGGGGAAAGAGACUGAUCCGUAUCUGAUACGCCUUCACUUCUUUCGAGCUUCUUAUUCGAUUUCUUAAAUGACUUCUUCGGGCCUUACCCUAGACUACCUUCACUUAACUUAAUGCAGAAGCCAGAGUUCGAGGAAAGCGGUAGUUGGUUAUUUCGGGAUGAAUUUCUAUUUCUAAAAUGUGGAUGAACAUAAAUGGACGGAAACGAGAAAAAUGCAUAAUUCAUAUAAGUUCAUUCGAAAGAAUGAGGAUUCAUGAUGUCUCUUCCCAACCAUUCUUCCUGAGGAAGGCACCUCCGAUCGAGUCCUUAGCGCCAUGGAUAUUCUUCGCAGUGCCUUUGGAUGCUUCUCAGAAACCGCCUCUUUCCACUGGCUAUAUGAAAUUCCAAAUGAGACUUCCCUGCGUCGCCAAAGGAAUGGGAAACUUCUUGGUUCGAAACCUUUGAUCCUAUGCCGCCUGUCUGAAAAUAAAUAUAAGCAAGGCACCUAUGACUACGAAUCCGAAGGCCAAGCAUGCGGAUUUGACAUGGUUUCCCACUUUUCUCAGAGUCACUGGGCAAUAGAAAAGUAUACAAGCACAUUUCCAAUCUACAUAAAGAUACCAACCAGGUAUCUACUUCAAAGACAGGGCGUCGGCGAUCCUCUACUAUUAAGAGACAGAUAACAAUGGUGCCGACAGAGAUGGACAGAACUGCAGAGAAUACCUCUCCGGAGAAGUCCUUACAUGUCUCAAACUAAAUAAAUCCAACCAAUAGUGAAACUGAAACAAAAAACACGUCUCUUACACACGAGAGACACUGUUGAGUCUCUCUAUACUAUUUUCAGUAUAGAGUCGGGGUACACUCAACAAAGAAAAAUCCCGAACAAGAACAAAGAAUGGAAGAUAUUAUGAGCACGAUUCGCAUAUUGUUGCCCUUGCGUAAGCAGAUUACCGGAUAUUUUGACAAACCGAGCCUUUCUCUUAAUCGAGAUUCUACUAAUGAGUUCUUAAGCACCUUUCUAAAAACUUACAUCGAGGAUAUUCAUGAUUUCCAUUUCAUCGAUGAAGAUCCUAUAGAUCGGGGAGAAUCCUCUUUAUCAUUAGACAAUAAGAAUACAACUUAUUACGAGGCUGAUGCAAGUGAUGAAGAAAUGGAUAUAACAGAUGGGAUAGAGGGAAUCAUAGGGGGUACUAAUCGAGGCCACAACGGUGGUGGCGACGGUGAAGCUCUAUUCAUUCAAAUAAGCAGGUUACUUAUGAAAUAUAUAAAGUAUUAUAUACUCAACAUAACACAUACCUAUGAUGCCAUGCCUUGGUGGGUAAGCGGGAUACCAUGGUGGAUGGCUGAGAGUAUCCUCACACUCUUAUCGUUAGUAUGUAUACAUUCUAUACUUCAAUUUAAUCCUCUUAUCUAUAAGGGCAAUCGAUGUGAUAUUAUUUAUAAGGUGCCGGAUAUUACAUUAAUAGGAAUAACCAACCAUAUAACAAAGGAACCAAUUAAACAGCUACAAUGGCUCUAUUCUCUGACACCUGAUAACUAUCCUACUAAAUGGAUCUAUAGACUAAGAAAUCUCUUUAGUUAUGAUGAGAAUAUUCCAUAUAGGAUAGGAUUUCUAAGAAUAAAGUGUUCUUUAGGCUUACGGAGUAUAAAAGGCUUAGUAUUAAGUGAUUCUGUAUUAUAUCAAUAUGCCCAUUUGGGAGCUGGCCUCAAAUCUCUCAUUCCGCAAUCUAGAGUAGCCAUUUUCAUGCAAGUUGCAACUCGUCAUUUUGAUGAAAGGCAUCGUAAGUAUCUCUACGGUUUCUUUAAUAUACUUGUGUAUUCUGGCGUAGGAUUAGUUGUUUGGUACUAUAUCACACCACACCUUAUACCUGAUUUAGGAUUCUUCCGCGGGGUAAACCUAGAUUCUUUUAAGGACCCAGCUUCGGUUGUUGAUGGGUACAAGAGGGUUUCGUACAUAUUUACAAAAGACGUCGUUAAGACUGUGUUAAGAACUUGUCGAAAUGAUACUUUUUUUCACAAUUUACUAAAUGAGGAAUCAAUCCAAUUUUUUGAUAACGAAAUUAUCAGCAUAACCGAUUUGAAUUCAAACAGACACCUUAAUCUAGAUCACUUCGAGGAGGUUGAAGCUAACAAGCUAGAUCUAGUAGCGUGUAUUGCAGUAGGUAUUAUGAGUGCUACCUUUAUAGCUACCAAUCUUCUUCCUCCUGGUACUACUACGAUAGUCCAAUGAAUAAGGAGAAGGUCGUUAUUUGUCAGUAUUGAGCCUGAUAGCAUAAUUCAGUACCCGUGAUGAUGGGCUCUAGCAAGGAGGAAGGGAAGCAUCCUCUUCAAUAGCUUGAAAUCAACUACAGAGUGUUGAGUAUCAAAUUACGUAUUCUAUUUAUUCAGAAAUCGCACAGGGGAAGCUCCUGAAUUCAUUAGUUGAGUAUGUGAUCUCAUAGUAAGAAGUGAUCACAAACGGUGAUGGAUGCCGAGAGUAUGUUGAUGGGGUGAAUCUGUAGAACAAUACUACAGUAGAGAUUGGGUAGCCCCCUCAACUAUAAAAUAAGCAAAUCCUGAAAGGCGAGUAAAAGCACCUACAGUUGUAUCUGUCUAAGCUAUUAUAAGCUUAGAGAAGGGGGGGAAACCCCCAUCGGGUAGAUGCAACUAUACAAAAUACCCAACACACACAAAAACAAGGGACACACUAUUAUAUCAUGAAAAACACUGUCGAGUCAUUAGAACAGUUGAAUACCACACUUUCUAAUACAGUCAACGAUAUACCAGAAUCAUCUGCAAUGGGUGCCUUAAGCCAUUCGGCUAAUUCGAGUAUUAAUGCAGCUCUUAACAGUACGGAAGAGGUAAAAAGGGGUGAAGAUGUCGCGGGGGAUUCAAUUCAUGCAAAUAUUAGUGAUAUGUUUCAUAUAGGUAACCCAUUCAACCCAUUUCAGUGUUUCAUUGAUAACCACAUGCGUAAAACCAUCUUUGCAAAAAAUCCAUAUGUGCAAUACGCUGUCGAAAGUUCUUAUUACACACCUGCGGUUAAUCGUCUGGUUAAAGGGUUGAGUUUGAAAGAUAUGGAUCCUAUCAUGCGUAUGCACUAUCUUUAUAUGCGCUCGUUGCUCCGUUUAAAAUUGAAAAGAAAGAUUUAUCGUGCAGAUUUCAGUGAAUAUAAGGGGUUGCGGUCUCUCUAUAACAGGGCUACAGAUAAUUUAUAUAGCCACCUACAAAGGGCAUUAGAAAAGUAUGAAAACUUCGGUGUUUCUGCAAAACAUAAAGUAUUGCAAUGUUUAGUACACGUGGUGACAUCACAAUCAGACAACAGUGUUAGGUAUGUCUAUGGGAACAUCUUUGCACUAGUUAGAUUAGGUACUUAUGUAACAGUGUGGUACUGUUAUACUGAGAGCGCACCAGAUUUCAUAUCUGUGGACCCGCACUAUCUUGAUAUAGAAUUGAUUAUUGAUUUAUUCAAAGUUCGUAAAUUAUUCGUAUGGAUUCCAUACGAGGAAGUGAUUAGUACAUCAAUCUUAGAAGCUUAUGAUGCGGUUGUGGAAAGGACGGCUUUAACGGAUUGCUUGGAUAGAAAGUUGAGAGAAGAGGAAUUGUCGGAUAAAUUCGAAUUCUGGGGGAAAUGCUCUGAUGGUGAUCAUACCAUAGAUUCUGUAGAGGAGAAUGCCACUAUAGAAUAUGCUAGCAGUAAAGAAGGUAGUGCCUGUAAAGAGGGGGUGGAUAGUAGCUGUAAAGAAGAAGGUGGUGGCUGUGAAGAAGAAGGUAGUGGGAGUGAAGAAGAUAGUGACGAUAGUGACAAUCCUAGAUACCUGGCAUUCGGUGUGGUUGUCCUUGUAGGUGUGUUAUUAUACGUCUGGUAUUGUUCUAGGUAAUUCUAUAUUUAUUGUGAAAACCAGAAAUAAGAGUUUCAGUUCAUACUUGGCGGUAAAGGGAUAACCUUUUUGUCUUGAGUGGAAAUAGAAUUCCUUUUUGCAAAGCUAGCUCUUAUGGCGCAUUGGUGCACAAUCGUGCACUGCUUCUUCCUCAUAAAAGAACCCGGCUUUCCUUCCUAUAUGUUUAGGAUAAAAACCUUAUCCAUUAAGAGAUGGAACUUCAAGAGCUGCUAGGUCUAGAGGGAAGUUGUGAGCAUUACGUUCGUGCAUUACCUCCAUACCAAGAUUAGCACGGUUGAUGAUAUCAGCCCAAGUAUUAAUAACGCGACCUUGGCUAUCAACUACAGAUUGGUUGAAAUUGAAACCAUUUAGGUUGAAUGCCAUAGUACUAAUACCUAAAGCAGUGAUCCAGAUCCGGCCAAGCAGCCAAUCAGUCGUGUAAAGAACGAGAGUUGUGGAAAGAAACUAGCCUAGCGUAUUGGAUGGAAGAUUCGAUUCAUCGACCUAAAGAACCGUGCCGGGGGUGCCGUGAGCAGCCACACCUACUACUUGACUCUUCCUCUUGACCGAAUGGCGAACCCAGAUUCUUCAUUUAUCACCGCAAACGAACAAUUUAUUUGCGUAGUAAAUAGAGUAAGGAUCAAAGAGUAUACCACUAAACAAGACCCUUAUAGAGCAGAGAGAGAGACAAAGGACAUAACAAGACCCUUAUAGAAAGUCAAAAAGAUAAUCAAAGGCAUUCCCUGGUUUACUAACCCUUAUAGAGUACAUGAGCCAAAGCACAAUCCAUCCCUUCCAAUCAGACAAGAAGGAAUCCGAUGUAUUGAUCUUCGUCUGUACUGUGCUGUACAAGACAAUUACCAAAGAUCACAACUAAUGAUCUGUUUGACACAAGACAUGACAUGACCUGGCGGAUCAUAUACAGAAAUGGGUUUAGCCUUCUCCUUGGCUUGACUCUUGUAAGUGAAAGGUUGGAUCAUAUCUGGUUUCCGGGAAGGUGCCUCGCUAUUCCUCUGUUUUGUAGCUGACUAGUAAAGGUGGCCUAGCCUGCACAGGUUCGUUGGUUUCAGCUUGUGCUUUACUUGAGUGGUUUCGGGCUCUGUUUGGUAUUAGCUUGAGAAGCGGUUGUAAUUGUUCAUUCAUAUCUUGUUUCAGCAAUGGUCUAUACUAUAGAGCUCGGGAAUGCAUUCCAUGCCUAUUCUUCAAUAUGAGAAGGGGUGUCUCCCCCUCUUAGAGGCUUUCCUCUUAGCUUAGAGGCUUUCCUCUUUUUAGCAGCAUCAGCUUGAAUCUCCCGAUUAGCAAUCAUGAUUUCCGAAUUAGAAAAUUCAUUUCGGAGAUCUUCAUUCUCCUCUAACAAAUUCAUAAUUAUCCGAUAGGAGGUCGGAUUGAUACUUUUCACAUCAAAGUCACCUAUAUGGCAGGGCUUAGUAUCAACCCAUACUCCAUUUUUGUCGAACACAUACUCCCUCUUUUUACUUUCUAACCCCAUGGUAUACUUACACAUUUUCUCUUGAACCAACAGUUCACGGAAGUUUCUACUGAACUUUCGGACAUAUGAAAUCACUUUUUUAGCCCUAGGGUCAGCUAGCUGGUUGAUGAACCAUUCUUCAUCAGCCUCAUCUUUACCCGCUCCUUUAAACUUUAUUAUGGGUUGGUCCACACUAGAUGCCUUAAGCAUAUAGGACUUAGGUGCUAAAAAGAUGCCAUAUUCGACAAAGUGCUCAUGCUUAAACUUACCCAAAGCGGUAGGUGAUACCUCUUCUUCAGGAAGUUCCCUCUCAACAACGACUGAGUCCGUAUCCGUGUAAUAGCAGUCAUCCCUCGAAAUGAAUGGGUGCAUUCUUAUGCGGGCAUAACCCGUGACAGCGGCCGAUAUUUGAACAGCAGCAUAAGUAGGGCGGUCUGAACUAAGCUUCAGUAAAUCCAAACUUCUGACAUUUUUGCAUGUUACUAGGCACUUGUCUGAACUAAGCUCAUAACUUUGAACAAACCCAUCAUUAUAGAGAGCUAAUUUUCUACUUUCUUCUGUAGAAACAAUUUGAGUCGUUGUGCUUUCGGGGCUGAUCCCGAACCUCCCGUAGAGACUGUUCAUGGUGAUUUUAUAGAUGAAAUCCAGAGCUUUCUCCCCUUUAGCCUUAGCAUCAAGCCUUUUGCUGUAGAUGUCGUACACAAAACGCUUGAAUGGUGAUUCCUUUCUAUCAAAGAUAUAUCCACAGAUCGGGUAUACUUUGUAGCCCAAACUUACUGCAUACUUAAGCUCCUCAGAAAAAUAAACACCGAGAAAUCUCCCCGUGGGGAAGAUUAUCGUACCAUCAUCCUUUUUAUAAGGUAGAAGAGGCUUUUUAAUAUGCUUAGGACAAAUUAUAAAAGCUCUAAUGAACCCAAACAUAUCAUUCAACACAAUCUUUGAUUUCUUUGAUCCUAGAUCACUAACCCAGCGGGUCUUGCCUAUAGGCAUAUCAUCUAGCAUAGAUGAGGGGUAUAGAGAAUUUACAUCAUAAUAAUACAAAUUCUCCCCGUAUGGCUUAUACACGUCCGUGUGACCACCGUAGUAGCCUUCCCUAAUAAAUUGAGCCUCAUUAUCGUCAGGAAUGUAGAUGCGAUUAUCAUCAUCAUCCUUAUAGUAAACACGUCUAAAUAUUUUUAGGGCCAAUGCUGAUAUUGUUAAUACUUUCAGGAUAUCAAUCCCAUACUCUUCCCAAAUAAUGGCUUUAGCGCGUUGCAUAACAGCAGCUGUUAUUAGAAUAUCUUGUUUAAGAUAAGUUAAAGAGUCUUCCCUAAUACUAGGUAGUUUAUCAACGGUGACAUUCUGGUGAUCGAAAGAUCCCUUCCCCCCCAAUUCUGGGCAAAAACUAUUGGCUAGAUCAGCGAGCUUUACUUUCAACAGGAGGUACGAAUCCAUGAACGUUAAAACAAGCCUUUUAUCCCCAUUUUUGGAUACCUUAUACAGUUUUAUGGAAUAAAUACAGUCGUUUCUCAUGAUGGGCUCUAUAUGACAGUUUUUAUAACUUUUAGUUAAAAAAGAGAGUAUCAUAAUACCGUCGAACUGAGAUAAAUUGUGAAAGUAUACAACCAUUGAACUUCCUCUUCUUUGAACAUCCUUUACUAUUCUAUUAAUCAUCUCUGUGAGCAUCUUUUCACUCAUAUCGUGAAAAUCCUGGCACACUUUUGAGUAGUCAUGUGCAUAGAACGUCGUAAUAUGCUCCGCGUUAACCCGCUUUUCCAUAUCAACCAUCAUAUACCCCCCUGCGUAGGGCACGUGAGUUUUGUCGACAUCCGUGUCUCGUCUUUUUAAUAAAAGAGUUUCUAGAUCAGCAACAAAAAAUAGAGUUUUGUUUUUCAUUUCUGUUUUAUCGACAGGGAUAUAUGACUGAUAGCGUCUUUUUGAACGUCGACCCAUCUUGGGUAUUUCUAAAUUAUUUAUGUCGCUGUAUUUAAUAAGUGCUCCCUUCAGAUAGUUCAAAGAUUCAUCUUUAGUUGGAAUUGAAGCUUGAUUCAAAUCUAUACUACCCUCCCUUUCUGAUUAUUCUAUUUAAUGCAAGAGUAAGGAUAGACGUCUUAUUCUUCAGUGUUGAGAUAGAAUGACUGUAGACCCUCUUCUCUCUUUUAGUUAGCCUUACUUAUUUAUUCCAAUUCCUCAGCUGGAAACAGAACUACCAAAGGGAAGAAGACAGAAGGCAACAAAGGCGCGUAUCAGCUUCAAGCAUAUAGAGAACUUGACUUACUCACCUACUUUAAUGCCUGCUUUUUACUACUUGAAAUUGAAAGCUGGCUUGGCUCUCAGACCAAUUAACUUGACACCUGCUUAGCGCCCUCACUGCUACUUCUCUCAUUAAGCUGCUCUCUCCUUUUAUCAACUUAUGAAAAAACAGCCUAUUGAUCUUCCGUCGCUCGCUAUGGAUGGUUGCAGUUGCCAAAAGGCUACCUUUUCGCACAACACUUAAAUGAGUCACUGACUGGUUUUGACGUACGUAAUACUUAACCUUACAAUCGGCAUUGCCCUUCUUCUUGCAACAGAGGAUUCGUUCUCUACGCCGAAAGGACUAAGAGCUCUUAUUCCGCAGCCUUUAGCACAUAAUGGAAUUGCUCCUUCUAUGCCUCCUCAUCUGUCUCGCCUGCAAAUCCUGCUAACAGCCUAGUCUAUUAGGAAACAGCUGAUUCAAUUGCUAAAACUGCUGUUCGAGAAGGGACUAACGGCACUGAUUUCUAGUGCUAUAACAGAAACUGCCCUUAACGCGCAAAUGAAAGCCCUCACAACACUCUUUACCUGCAACUGCUCCCGCUUAUGGUAGUAGAUAAACAGGUGGUGGACAUGUAUCUGCAGCCUCUGCUGCUGGUAGAUUGACUGUUUUAUAUGGACUGAGGCUGCAACUGAGGGUAGUGCCUGAGAAUGCUACUCUAUUCCUGGAAUUAGCCAUCCCCUUCUUUGACUAUUCGACCUGCUCCUCGAAGCAAGGAAGGGAAUUCAGAUGGCAUUGAAUGCCCUUUCCGCAAGAAGGAUAGGAGUUGGCUUACCGCAUCUACCUUCUGGAUAAGGGCUGGGGCGUUAACUUAAGUACUAAAGCAGCUGGACCCUUCGUUGAUUCCCCACGAAGGAAUCGGAAUAUCGCUACUUCCCCUUACUGUCCUAAGCAGGGGAGAUGGAUUAAAAACCUUGUGUGAAGGAAAGGCUGUAAAUGUCGUUGACCAUUAAUCCGGUUGAAGGACAAAUGGAAUGGAGAGUAAAGGAAAAUAAGGUCAUUCUUCUGUCUAGCUUCUGGUCGGUGCCCCUUCUCCAACUCCGCCAGCCAAGACUCUGUUACUCGAGCAGGAAAGUUUUCCGUGCGUCCUGUGUUCUCCCGGUUCUUACGUCUCUCAAGCCGGUUCACUUGCCUGGUCAUUACUGGACUACCAUACAAGAUUCUAUACUGAGCUGACCUAUCAACCAGACGGACUUGAACAACUGACCUGUCUGCUAUUGUUAUUGCCGGGCUCAGGCGCCAGGGAAGGGAUGAUCAGAGAAGUCAAGUCUUGCCUUGGGUCAGAGUUCCAGUUCUCUCAGAAGAAUCUCCGCUUUCCAAUCCAGGUUUACGGCUUCCAUAGCGUAUGUCAUUGGCCAUUCUUGCUUCAUAGACUGCGGCACCAUUGAUUUAUGGCCCAGAUCACGAAAAAGAGAAGGCCUCAAAAACGGGAUGGAGCCAAUGAGUAGAGUAACUAGCGGUUAGAUUCGUCUUUAUGCUCGUUAUACGUGAACUAAUCUCAUUUGUUACGAAUCAAACUGAUUGACUCCGGUAGAAUGAUCCAGCGAACUCUUCCACACUGGCAUCAAUACUACUACUCCUCGGUGGCAGGCAGCAUGCAUAUUGCAAUUCAUUCACAUCUGCCAUCCAUCUGUCUCUCUCCUCAGCUCUACGCCGCCCUGUCCCUUAAGGAAAGGAAACUAGACUAGAAAUCAGAAGAACCAAAAGAGUGCCGCAGUAUUCUCAUAAGAUCAGAUCAACGCUCAUAUCUCUUGCUCGAGGUUCUAUCUCAUUCCUUGCUGCUAGUGCUAGAUAGAUUCUUUUAUUUGAGGAUCGCAUUCCUUUCCUCUUGCUCGGUCUAGUUGCAGGGUCUAGAUCGCAUUCAUUCACUAAAGUUUGCUUUUUCUACUCACUUCUAUGUGUUCAUCUAUUGACCUGGCCCGAGGCAAUAUUGAGUAGGGCUUUCAUAGGUGAACUUUCCGAACUAGCUUUCCAAGUUGUUUCGUUAUCUUGUGAUGUGCCGGAUCUCUCUUGAAUAGCUCGGUUUCUUGCCUUCCGGUUUCGGUUCUAAGUUGCUGCCCAUUCAUUUCCUACGAAUAAGGAGAUAUGUAAAGCCAGUCAUUCUAUGAAAGAGAACUUGAACUUCCAUGAGGCAAGUAGUUUAUCGAAGGUAUGGAGAAGGGCUUCACUCGCGCCUUGGGGACUGAACUAGAGUACAGAACUAGCACUAGCUUCACUAGAGUAGAGAACUCGCUUCCUCCUUCCUUCUUUUCCAUUCCUAACCUGACUAUUCCAGCUUACUAGUUACCAGCGUGUAUAAUUUCCAGCCCUACGAACACUGAAAGAGAAGGCAUAGAAUCGAUUCUUUGUUGGAUCCACUCGGAGGUUCCUUCUGACCUUGUGUGAACACACAAAAGCUAGCGGCGCACUUUCUUGUCAACCUACCGAACCUCUCCUCUGCUCUGAACCGCACCACCAAAAGUACGGAUAUCCGGAUCUGGUUCCAUACUGGACUGGCUAUAUGAACUCCUCUUAGACAAACAAGGAACUAAACUAUGAUACGUAAGAACCUUAGCCGCCUUACCAACACGCAAGUAAUAUAACUAUAGGUUUAUUAUCUUUGAAACCGGGGAGCCCAUCAUCAUAUUCAAAGAAGGAUGCUUCCCACCUGGCACUACGGAACUAUUGUAUUGAGGAACGGGCCAAUGUCAUAAAAUGCAAUUCCUGCCUAGAAAUGGACUAGACUACGUACGAACUUGGAACCCAGUGGCAGGACAGCUAGAAAAGUCCAAUGGUUCAAAUCCCUGUUCUCGGGGCAAGGCAUCUAUUCUUGAGCUCUUAUGUGAGAAGGGUUUUUCUUGUUGAUACCCACAAGACGACUCCACUUGUUAUGAAAGUCCUCUUUUCAAAGCGAGAUCACUAUAAGGAUAAGGAUAAGGCCGGCGGGCCCUCCCAAGGGUGGGUGGGACCGACGCAAGCGAUAACACUCCGCCCUUGGAUUCGUUUCGCAAAGGGAGACAUCUUGGCUAAACACUGACACAAUCUACAAAUACCACUUCCAAUACAAUUUGUAGAAACUCCGACUCCCGUUCAGAAAGAAAUGGGACUUCCCCGAGAGGGGAUUCACUACUUGAUGAUGGCCGAGCCAACUCAUUAAUGAGAGAACUCGGACAAUUAAAGAAAUCAGACAAAGAAUAUAGUUAUUAGUUCUGAAAGUCCAAUUUUCUCCUUUCUACUUUUCUAAAACCUAAACAAAGAGGCGUUAGCCCUGUGCUCCUAUUGUUGAAGCAGCAAUUCCCAAUCUACAGAAAGCCCGUGCCCCAAUCCAGAACAGGAACAGACAAGACAGCGCUAGCGAGGAAUAGCUUUUCAGGCACUAUCCAACAGAUCAGAUCGAUUGGCUUUCAGGAAGGAUAUGUCUCCAGCUCUACGGCACUCUUCACUCGUUGUGGAGCGGGCAGUCUACCUCCUAUAUCGCUCGUUUUCUGGUUGGUAGUGACUCGAGGUGCUGGAUGCGUGUUCAAUGCAGCUCUAUUGUCCCCUUGUCGGUAGUGGCCAUUGAUUGAGCUUCUGCAGUUGGUGGGCGUGGAAAUUCUUCUUUUUCAGUGGAAGUUUCAUAGCUAGCGAGACUAGAAGCAAAGAGCACAGUGCUAGAGCCAACAGGCAUUAAGGAAAAGAGUGCUAUAAGAGCGAAAGUCAAGCACAGUGCGAAGGAAUGCAUUUUCUUUUUAGAAGGGCAGAGAGUGGGGGAGGAAUGAUUCUCUGAAAAAGGGUAGGGUCCAGUUAGCUCGGAAGGUUUGACCCGGUAUAUUUCCCGGAAAUAUUUAGAGAGAAGACUCCAUUCAAAAAAUGCAUCCUUGGUCCUAGGUCUUAUUCAAUUAAACCGAGAAGGGCAGGCAGGUGACGCAAGUGUAAGGUGUGACCCUCGAUCUGUCUGUGAACCGGAAAGGAGGUAUGGUACUCGAAAUCAACUUGUUACUCUGCCUUCCUAUCAACAGGAAAUGGCUUGCAUGGAUCCAAAAAUAAAACGAAAACCAACAACGUUGCAAUGGGGAAGGGCGUAGCUGGUGUAAAACUAAAGCUAUAUCUUUUCUUCUUUGCUUGUAACAAACAGAGCUAUCUAAAGCUUGAAAGUAAGCAACAGAGCUAUCUAUUCCAACGUAUUGGUCCAACUCCACGGUUCCUCUCAUCUUUCUUGUCGGAGAAAGCCUGUCUUCUGAGACAUCCAUUAAUCAAAUUUGAUCAGUAACAAAAAUCGUAUGUAAUGAAAGAAGAGUCAGCCCUUGGGGUGGGGCACGAGGGGGUCCCCUGUAUGCAGGUCGCUACUUAACUUGACAAGCAGUGUUGCUGUGUAAGAGAUUGUGUGGGCGCGGUUCGCGAUCUCUUCUUUCCUUUCCCAACCAAAUAAAGAAAUGCAAAAAACGACUAAUUCUAGACCAGAAGAUCUUCUCAUGUUGGAUAUCAGAAAUAAAAUGGGUGAUCUUUCGGGAGGGAGUGCCAGUAGCACCAGUUCAUCGUCUUUUUUGUCUUGCAAUUCUAGUCUACACUCUCAUAGUCCUUCUUCUUCAGAAGGAUUCAUUUCUUUUGGGACUCCCUCGUCCUCUUCCUCUGUCAAUCAACCAUCGCCAUUAGCAUCCUCUUCCUCUGUCAAUCAACCCUCGCCAUUAGCAUCCUUUUCUGUGAACCAGCCAUCCCCUUCUUCCGUGAAAGGAGUAUUCUUAACGGACAGUGGUACUCCCUCUUCCUCUUCGUCCGUAAAUCGGCCAUCCCCAAACCCGACCGAUGAAAGGGUCGUAGAAUAUCAAGGGGCUAUACGCGAGGAAAUGGCCAAAUUAAUGCCCGGCAGGGAUCACCAAGAGAUUCUAGUUGCAGCCGAACGAAUACAUGGGGGGAGUGCUAAUAUAGGAUUUCUUCGAUCACAGCUCCGGGAUUUAGUAGCAAAUGGCACUGAAAGUGAAGCCUUCAAGUACGGAAUAGCUGAGCUAGCGAAUGAGAAUUUAGCGGCAAAUUUCGCUGCGAUGCAUUUAGCGGAGAGUCCUUUGGAUCAAUUUGGCAUUCACCCUCUCGCUCUCGCUCUCGGUCUCGGUUUGUUCCUAUUUCUAGUUUUUUUUUUCUUGCGCUGCGGGAAGUAUGGAAAAACAGGACGAGAGCAGCAUAAUCGUUAGUUAGGGGUAAGAGGGGAAUCUUAUGUCCAUAUUAUCUAAAAAAAUAUAUGAGUGUUAAGCUUGUGCGCGUUGUUAUUUGUUGUUUAUGUGAGGCUGCAUGCGCUUGUUAUUUGUUGUUUAUGUGAGGCUGCAUGCGAAUGAUUAACUCGUGUCUUUAUGUCCAUGUGAGAAGGCUAAUAAAUUAUCUCUUUUCUUUGGUCCGGGAAAAAGGAAGUAAGACCCUCGAGACGAGAACUACAUAUGGUCUGAUACUGACUUCCUUGAAAAGAGGAAGACAAGUUAUGUAGGCAGUAGCCGUUCCAGAAAUGCAGCGGUACCACAAGUGCUCAUUCAUUGGUCCAACCUAGAAGCUACUUGGGAAGACUAUGAAUUGAUUGCAAGUAAGUAUCAUGGACAAGGAGGAUUUUUAGGAGAAAGGAGAUCCUCUCUCAACCCAAUAGAUGCAAUGUAGGAAGACUAGUAUCUUUAGUCCAUGGGUGUAACACCAUAAGAUGGGAUUGAUGGUAAUCUAUCAUAAAUCGUUUCCCUUUUUGUCUAGAUGACGUCCCCACGGUGUCUAUAAUUUAUGUCAACCAAUAAGAAAUACCCGAAAGAAGAUGCGUAGGCCUUCAAUCAUGGUGCAAUGAAUAUCGUAGAUAGAGUGAUGGAAGAAGUUCGAUCUCAUAUAGCUAGCUGGAGUCUUUCUUUUCAAAUCAAAGUGAAACGAUUUUCCUUUUACGUUGAGAUAUUUGAAUUGGAUUUUCUUUCACCACUACUAUCGUAACGCACAGAAAACACUGACGUUUCCGCUCGCUUUCAACCACUGCCACUUUACCUGAGCACUGUGACGCAGUCGGUCAAGUAUUGAGGCUAGUAUAUCAAGGACUUAUGAGAACUGAAAAGAAAAAAACUAGGCAAAGGAAUUCUCAAAGUUCAUUGAGUUAAGGGAGGACCAUUCGUGGGGGGUUCGUGGAAGAGUUGGGUUCGAUUCCCUUUAUACGCGAUGUGGCGAAAAAGACUGAUUCAACGAAAUAUGCCUGCAUUAAGAUUUAAAACGUGCCGUCUACUUCCAGGAAAUGUUCGGAACAGAGAACUUUCUCUAAUCCAACGCCGCAUUCUCCGAAGAUUGAGGAACAAGAGGAGAUCCAUUAAAAGAAAUCUUUCUCAGAGAGAAAAUCUAAACAGUAACAUCAAAUCACAAACUACACGAAAGUUGUCCCUUUAUUAUGGGGAUUUACCCAUAAGGGAGAUGCACAGAGGAAGAGAACGAACUUCAUAUAUCCCUUUUUUACUCAAUCAAGAAACAAGAUCGGACGUGAUUCCGGUUCGUCUCCGUUUUAGUGACACUCUUCCUCAAGCAAGGCAGCCGAUAAGUCAUCGAAGGGUUUGUUUGAAUAAUGGACUGGUAACCAUUACUCAUUUUAAAGUUUCCCAUGGUGAUCUAAUAUCUUUUAAAGAAAAUGACGCGAGAACCCGCGGUGAAGAAAUAAGGAGAUCUUUCUAUAUCGACAUAUCAGUUGGAAAAAUCAUAGGCAAAUUCCUACCGGUCAGAAUCUGGAGAAGAACAAAAACAGAAUGGUUCCGCUUACUCACAACUCAGAGGGGAUGCCGCUUACUACUAAAAUCCGGGUUUUUGCAAGAGUUGCGUUCUUAUAUGCAAGAAGAAGACUUAGAAAGAACAAAGAAGUUUGGAUCCGCAAAAGUAUGCUUAGGCAGUUCCUUCGCUGAGCACAACAGAAUGAAGAGGAAUUUGUUUCAUUUCAAAUACUUCUUCUUAUGGAAAAGAAGGAAGGAGGAAGAGGAAGGGGUAGAGGAGAUCCUCAAAGUUAUCGAGGAAAACGAAAACCGAAAAAGAGCAAUAAGCCCUUUUGUUUACACAAACAAAUUAUAUAGAAAUUCGACCUAUUGCUCCGGAUCCCCGUUUACUAUUACUAGGAAGAUAAGAAUCAAAAGGAUCGAACUACCUACUCAUUAUUCGGAGGUGAAUCAUAGAACACUAAAAGCUGUGGUAUCUUAUGGACCUAACAUAGGUCACAUCCCUCACGACAUAAGAUUGAAAGAUCCAAACCUUCCUCUUCGGAGCGGAAACGGACGUGGCCAAAACAUAUAAAAAAAGAUCGGCCUAGUCGCUCAUAGGGACAUAUCUAUCCGGAUAGAGGAGAGGAUAGUCUAGAUCAAUUUUUAGAAAAAUCUCUCUCUAUAUAGAAUAGAAUAGAUAGGUAUCUCUGUGGAUAGAGAUAAAGAUAGGGAUCCCUCGAAAUAUAUGGAAAAAGUGCACUUUUUUACUACUACUACUAUUUCUUAUUCUUAGACGAAACAUCGUUUUUUCGAUUUUGACUGAAUUGGUCGGAGCGUAGACGAGCGAGCAGAGCCCAGGAAAGAGGUCAGAUCGUCAUAGAGCAGUCGACUAUAAGUAUAAGACUGCUGGCCUGAGAGAAGGCAGUCUCUCUCGGGAAACAUGGCCCAGGGUUCUAUAGUAUAGUAUAGUAGCCAGACUAUAGGAAAAUCAAGUCUCAUGUUGCUCCUCAGAAAACGCGUAUAGUAUAUAGUAUAUAGUAUAUAGUAUAUAGUAUAUAGUAUAUAGUAUAUAGUAGUAGUAGUAUCAUUGGCCAAAGUAAAGUCGAUGGGACAAACGCUGUUCGUUAGAACUAGCAUUUUGUUUUGUCAUGGAAUCAAGUCUAUUUGUUCGAAUGUUCUUUUUUUCGUUUCGUUGGAAAAACCAACGCCGACGUCAAGAAUGGAUCAGUCUAGUCUCCUUUCUCUUUUGGGAGCAGAGCUGAAAAAGAUGGAAUUGUCAAGUACGAUGAUAUUUUUAUUAACGGAUAGAAAAAUGCUAUUAUCAAGUAGUAAACCCAUUAUGAUUGCAACUCGUGGGAUGCCUGGAAUCCCACUAAAUCGAGAAUCGGAAUCGGUGGAGGAUGUGCAUAGGGUACUCCGAGCCCUCCCCUUAUUUAGAGAAAUGGAAGGUAUCUUGCGUGAGAGGAACCUGAAUCUCCCGUCAGUACAGGAAAUAAGCGCUUUCCGUGUGAAUCUAUUCUCUGGUAUCCGGCGUGAGAGUGCGAUUGCGGACUACGACGCUUUUUGGCGCUCCUUACUCGAGGAGAUUCACACACCUCAGGGACGUAGUUGUUUUGGUCAGAGAAUACAAGAUCUGCACGCCCGAAUGUCUGCCGAGGGCAACUGGGACUACUUGAUUGCCCAACAAGGCAGAGGGUAUUUUGGUAACCUACCUAAUCUCAACAGCCCGUUGGAUCAAUAUCAAUUUGGAAUUCACCCAAUUCUGGAUCUGAAUAUUGGUGAGUACUAUGUCUCAUUCACAAAUCUAUCCUUGUCUAUGUCUAUGCUACUCACUCUCGGUUUGGUCUUACUUCUGACCAAAGUAUUUAUGGAAUCGUCCGGCCAGAAACGGGGAAGAGCCCAUGCUGUCGUAGAGGCCUCGUCGAGUGCUUCCGCUACGCCUAAUUCUGAGGAUGAUGAUAAGCGGAAAAAAGUGUCCCGCCAAGACGCCAAUGGCAAAGAGUCAGAGCCGCCCAUAAAUGGGGCGCAACCUGAAGUACCAUCCAUUGCGUUCUUAAAGAAAAGAAUUAAAACAGUUCUAAGGUCCUGUCGAGAUAGGAACCCUAGGGAGAGCACAUUACGCUCUACUUACGAGGAUCUUCACCUUGAAACGGCGAGCGCCGAGAAGCGGGUAAAAAUCGCCCAGGCCCUAGAAAAUCUGUACAGGCGAAGCCAAUAUUUCCGGAGUAACAAAAGGCAGCAGCCCCAUACCGACUUGAUUAUUCAAAUCUGCGAUUGGGAGCGUACGAAGAGGUAAAGAAAUUCACUGGUGUAGGCAUAGGAAACCGAGGCCCCCCAAACCCAUCUACUAUACGGUUGAGGUGAGGGGGGGAAAGAAGAGUGGGCAUGUGGGCUUCUUUCACU